AUGUACCUGGAGGCCAUGGAGCGGUACCCCAACGACGAUGCCAUCGACCAAGCUGAAGAAAAGCGACUGCUGCGCAAGCUGGACAUGCGCAUCUUGCCCUUGCUAGGCAUCUGCUACUUCUUUUAUUACGUCGACAAAACCACCCUCUCAUAUGCUGCAAUCUUCGGCAUCAAGGACGACCUGGAGCUCGUGGGAGACGACUACUCGUGGCUCUCCAGUAGCUUCUACUUUGGGUGGCUCAUCUGGGCCAUUCCCUCCAAUCUGCUCAUGCAACGCAGCCCCCCUGCGUAUUAUCUCGCCUUCAACAUCUUCAUGUGGGGAGCCCUGCUCAUGUGCCAGGCCGCGGUGAAGAAUCUCGGAGGGCUGCUUGCGCUGCGUGUUCUAUCGGGGGCGUUUGAAGCCAUUGCCGACCCGGCUUUCAUGCUCAUCACGUCCAUGUACUACACGAGAGCGGAGCAGCCCACGCGGAUUUCGGCGUGGUAUGCUUUCAAUGGCAUUGGCGUUGCGGGCGGUGGCCUCAUUGGAUACGGCAUCGGCCAGAUCAAGGGCGCGCUGCCCUCCUGGCGGUACGAGUUCAUCAUCGUCGGUGCUUUUUGCGCGGCUUGGGGCAUCUGCCUCUUCCUCUGCCUCCCCAACUCUCCGCGAACCAUCUGGGGCUUCUCCCGCGACGAGAAGCUGCUCAUGAUUGCCCGCAUGAGGCGCAACCAGACAGGCGUGGAGCAGAACAAGAUCAACUGGAAGCAGAUUAAGGAGGCAUACCUGGACUACAAGACUUGGCUCUUCACCCUGCUCGGUUUCACGGCCAACAUUCCCAACGGUGGCAUCUCCAACUUUUCCACUCUCGUCAUCAAGGGACUCAACUUUGACACGUUGGAUACGGCCCUGUUGGGCAUUCCGCAGGGUGUGUUGGUGGUGAUUUGGAUCGGGUUGGGUGCCCUGGCAAACAGGUUCAUGCCACACAACUGCCGAACCAUUGUCUGCGCGCUCUUUAUGCUGCCGACUAUUGCGGGCGCGCUUGGAUUCCUGCUUGCUCCCAAGGAUGCAUAUGUGGGAAGGCUGAUAUGCUUUUACCUGACCGGCUCAUACCAAGCCUCCUUUGUCAUUUCGCUGUCCCUCAUCACGUCCAACACUGGUGGCCAGUCCAAGAAGAUGAUCGUCUCAGGCAUGAUUUGGUUCGGUGCUUGCAUCGGCAACAUCGCCGGCCCCUUCUUCUACAAGGCCAACCAGGCUCCUUCAUACCACCUGGGCAUCGGCUCUCUCCUCGUUGCCAACUGCCUGGAGCUCGCGCUGUUCUUCGUCUUCCGAUACGCCUUUAUCUGGGAGAACAAGCGCAAGGAGAAGCUCCGAGCAGAGUUGCAGGAGCGUGGGGAGCUAAUUGCGGGCGAACUGAACGCCACGGCAUUUGUGGACCUGACGGACAAGGAGAACCCGAACUUUGUGUAUGUUUAUUGA